GCUGUGUGAGUAACAACAUCACGUGACCCGGGAGCAGGCAGAACGCGGCGGCGGCUGCGGAGUCCCGGAGUAGCGAGUGACGAGAGGAGAAACUGUCAGUCAUGUGACCUGAACAUCGGGAUCAUCACCGCCUCAGCUCGCCACCCUGCUGGUCACUGAGGAUCGUCGCUGCCGCAGGUUGGAUAAUACGCGUGUCAUGAAUUAAACUGGAAUCCGAAUAGAUGGGUUGAAACCAUUAAAAAUUGCUCAGAGAUCGUGCGAGCUGUAUUGCGCUGACUGGCAAAUACGGGACUUGGAUGAGCAGAAAGGAUACAAUGGAGAAAUACCGACCUCGAAUUCGAAGGCCCGACAAAGCCUUAUAUGUGCCAAAGGCUAUGCGACAUACAGGAGACGAAAACGGUGCCCGCGAAAACUCAGCCGAAGACCUCACCUCCUCUACUAAUAACACUCCCAUCCAAAACAGACACCGGAACGUCACCGUAGAGACCGUGUCUAGAGUCCAUGAACACAGGGAAGACGUAGACUUGGAGCUUGCAAAAUCCCUGUCUUCAAAGAAAGAGGCUACACACAAAGACAGGGCACCAGUAUACAUAGCGGCAGAAGGGGAUUCCUCACGUGACGCUGAUAAUAGCCUGCUUAUUAAUGAGAACUGGUCGCUGGGCUCCAUAGAAAGCAGCCUGUCUGCAACUCGCAUUGAUUCCACCGCCACAGUUCACGGUGUUCCUUUUUCAAAGGAGCACGAUGCUGAUUGCGGCAAGUCUGACAGCCACAGGAUACCACAGCGGUAUGAACAUUGUAGAAGAGUGUCAGCAGAGAGUAAGGAGGAACGGGAUAGGGCCAGGAGGAAAGCGCAAGCCAAGGAAGGGUCUAGAAAGUCAGCGCCUUGUGUGGCAGAGUUAAAGAGAAGUGAUCACAUGCAUUCUCCAAGCUUAGCCAGGUUCUCAAGCAGCAUGGAGCAGGUAACUGGGGGCUCAGCGUCUGUAUGUCAGCAGGCAAUAUUAGGGGCACCAUCUAAAAAUGUACAUAAUCCCUGUAAGCACAAAGCACCAAACGUAGACAUGGCGGAAGUACAGAGCAGAGCCUUAUUGCACAACACAGAUAGCGUCGGAGUAAUCUCUACAAGCGACGCCGCUAAAGACCCAUGCGUGGGGCUUAGAGCCUGCGCAGGCGACACGGAGAACACGGGUAAUGCAGUCUUGUGCGCAAAGCAAGACCAUAAUGUCGAAAGAAAACUAGUUCUGUGUCUUGUAGCAGUAGAGAAUGCGUUAGAUCUCAUGGAGAAGGACAACGGUUCCGUUGUCUGUGUUAUUGAGCCCUGUAGCAGGGACGCAGAUGAAAGCAGCGUUCUUUUACAAGCAUGCCCGACUCAGAGCACCAAAGGUGAAUUACAUAACGUACAUAUUUCUGAUUGGUCAGCGCAUCAGGACACGCCUCACAUUAGACCACAAAAUGUUAGUGGCGCUCAUGGAAAAGAGGAGGUUGAGAGUGAAGGCGGCUACGGUUAUUUAAAUGAUGAAGGUAUGGAACUGAGGGGCAUAAUCACAACUGAAUGCAAAAGAGAUGGUGUAGAAGAGAACGUGCUAGAUAUUCAGUGUACAGAAGCAGGGCUGGUUAUAGAAAGUGCAGGCCUUUCGCCAGUUGUGGCAAAUCCAGAAUGCCCGCUGUUGCCUACUGUAGAGCUUAAGGAGGGUACUGCAGAGAGUGGGCCAGCAGUGACAAGUACAGAGCCAUUUGUGGCAAUUGCAGAGUGCCCGCAAGUACCAUCUGUGGUGCAUGAGGAGCAGGUGGCUACUGCAGAGUCUGUGCCUGCUGUGACGAGUGUAGCGUUGGCAAUUGCAGAGUGCCCGCAGGUCCCAUCUGUGGUGCAUGAGGAACGGGUGGCUACUGCAGAGUCUGUGCCUGCUGUAACGAGUGUAGCGUUAGCUGUGGCAAAUGCAGAGUGCCCGCAGGUCCCAUCUGUGGUGCAUGAGGAACAGGUGGCUACUGUAGAGUCUGUGCCUGCUGUGACGAGUUUAGCGUUAGCUGUGGCAACAACAGAGUGCCCGCAGGUCCCAUCUGUGGUGCAUGAGGAACAGGUGGCUACUGUAGAGUCUGUGCCUGCUGUGACGAGUUUAGCGUUAGCUGUGGCAAAUGCAGAGUGCCCGCAGGUCCCAUCUGUGGUGCAUGAGGAACAGGUGGCUACUGUAGAGUCUGUGCCUGCUGUGACGAGUCUGGAACCAGCUGUGGCAAAUGCAGAGUGCCCGCAGGUCCCAUCUGUGGUGCAUGAGGAACAGGUGGCUACUGUAGAGUCUGUGCCUGCUGUGACGAGUCUGGAACCAGCUGUGGCAAAUGCAGAGUGCCCACAGGUCCCUUCUGUGGUGCAUGAGGAGCAGGUGGCUACUGCAGAGUCUGUGCCUGCUGUAACAAGGGCUGUGCCAGCUGUGGCAACAACAGAGUGCCCACAAAUGCCUGAUGUAGUUCCUAAGGAGGAAGUGGCACCUGCAGAUCUGUUACCUGCUGUGACAAGUGCAGAGCCUCUGGUGCUGAUGGAGGAAAUUGCAGAGCCAGUAGUUGCGGAGCAGGUGCCCUCUGUGCGGAGUACAGAGUCUUUGCCAGCUGUGGAGAGUGCGGAGUCGGCUCUGACUGGGGUGGGCACUGACUCUAACUUGGGGAUAGACCUGAACUGCUCGGAAGAUCUGAAGGAAACACUGGAAUAUAAGACGGUGACUGGGUCUGACUGUGUUCUGAAGGGGAGCUUGCCGCCAAGCAGCAGAGAUGAUCUGAAAGCUGGCCACGGAACGAGGCAUUGCGUUACUGCUUCCACACCACCUGAUGGAAAUGGGGCUCCGUGUGGAGGGAACAUGGAUGGUGAUGAGAGCUGGGAUGCUCUGUUCAAUGAUGACGGGGAUUGUGUUGACUCUCGCCUUCUAGAAGAGCUGACAGUCGAAGAGAAGAUCCAGAGAAGCCCCCAGGAGUCCAGAUUUAACUAUUAUGACUAUGAGCCUAAAGAGCCGUCUAUGGAUGAUCUAGAACUGUCACAUGUGAUUGAAAUCUAUGACUUCCCGGCAGAUUUUAAGACUGAGGAUUUGUGCCGAGCAUUUGCCAUCUACCAGAAGAAGGGGUUUGACAUUAAAUGGGUGGACGAUACACACGCUCUCGGCCUGUUCUCAAGUCCGAUCACAGCCCGUGAUGCAUUGACCAGCAAGAACCCUCUGUUAAAGGUACGGCCGCUGUCACAAGCCACCAGGGCAUCCAGAGUGAAAGCUCGGACAUGUGCCGAUGCAGAAAUACAGUGUCUGAAUACUCUCACAGAACUGGAAGAGAAAUGAGCCUUUUACAGAAAUAUAGGUUUUUGCUGCUUGGUGCAGUUUAUGAUGUAUUUUGAUUAAUACCCCAUCAACAUUUUUUUAUUAUUAAAUGUCUCGCAAGAAAUCCAAAACUGGCUGCAAAUGGUCUGAUCGGUAGCAGAGAGGGGGAGACGCUGUGAGUUCCUGAUAUUGUCAUAAAAUGAGUUUCAGUGGGAAGCUAGUGUAACAUUCAAGUGAUAAAUUACUGCCUUUCCAAAGGGCUUAAUUAUCAUGAGUAAAAUCACUGAAGUGGAAAUGGUUCUUGAUUCAGCACAGAACAGCUCCCUGUAAGCAGCAAGGGUCUGACCUAAACAGUAUGUCCCCACUCAUCUCUCAGUCAUCGUGUUGUGUGUAAAAUAACCUUUACACCAAGAUGUUUCACGUCACAUUGGGUGCAAAACGAACAGAGGACAUUUAUAGUUGAAGUGGAGACUGGAGUAUUAACAAAUGCAUACAGUAUGAUAAAGAUGCACAGUGAUAGCAACUUUCUUUUGUACUACUUACCCUUUCCUUAUUACUGGCUGUUCUAAUUUUACCCAUUAUUGCAGAGGUUCUCAAACGCGUUCCUCAAGGCACGCCAAUGGUCCAGGUUUUACGUUUAUCCAUGCUUGGCCACAGGUGACUUAAUUAGCACAGUUUGAUAUAACCAUCUCUGUUUAGCCAUGGAUAUAACUAAAACCUGGACCAUUGGGAUGCCCUGAGGACCGCGUUUGAGAACCUCUGUAUUAGUGAGUUUACGAAUUUUAUAAAUAACCCCACAAUAUACCUGGUUUUAAAAAUGUAACUGGGUCAUCCAUCUCCAGUAAAGCAUUCUCAUAGCAAUCAUUGAUGUGUUUGUCAGUAAAACUACUGGAAAACAAAUACAUCUGGUUGGUAAUGGACAAGCAAUUAUAAUGUGGGAUAAACAUUGUUAAACAGUUACAUUUAUAUAGAGGUCAAGGGUUGUGCUUGUAGUCUACCAUCUAUCACUAAUUCUCAAUGGUCCAUGAAUGCUUUUAUUAUUAUAUGAUUUUAUUACCUGAAACAUCAUCUUGACGCUUCUCUUACAAUAUUUGACGGUUCUUUAGUCAGGUUAUACUUUUGUUAAUCUACAGAUUCUAAUAGAAGUCUCCAGGUAUUACGUGACUUCGUUCUAGAGCCAGCUCUUCUGGGAUUUAUAGUUCUUGAACAGCCUGCACCCCUCUGUUCUAGUGCAACCAUAAUUUAACUUACUACUUAGCAUUAAAAGAAUGUAAUUGCUGUGCCGAGAGCAACGUCAAUUUUUUUUUUUUUUUAAAUCAAAUUUUUAUUUUAUUUUAUUAUUAUCCAUAUUCUAAAAAUCACUGAGCCUCACUGGCAGCAGCUGUUUUUUUGCUAUGGCCGCAAGAAUGAUGGGCUGUGGACAUAAAAGCUUGUUUUAAAAAAUGUUUUUUUAUUGUUUUUAUUUUUUCCUGCAUUAAUAAAUGAUGGUUUUGGCGGAUGUGACGCAGGUACUUCUGUAAAACCUGGAAACUUUGUAAUGCUUGCAUCCAACCUGAUGAGCUGUGAAUGCACCUACAGUAGACCUACUGAACCGACCGAUCUGUACCUUGUAGCAUUUUCUAUCUAACCUUUUGACAAUGGUUUAUUUCAACAAUAUACUGAACAUGUGAUAAAUUGUUAACAUUUGUCCAAAAAAUUCUCAAAUUUGCUAAUUUCUUACAAUUGUGUUUUUGUUUUGUAUAAGUGAAUUUACUGUUACAAUACAGAUAUGUUGUUUUAUUUUAUUAUAAA